GUUCAGCUAGUUCUGCUGGAGCUCGGCUUCCCUGCGCCGGGUCCCGGUCUCCCCGCCCCCCUCCGGGCGUCGCGCGUCUCGCGGCUUCCCUCCCCUCUCAGCUGGAGAGAGAGCUUCGCCGUCCCUCCUGAGCCGGGGAGGGGAGGAGCGACGCGAAAAGGGGCGGAAGUGCAAACAAGAGCCCGAGGAGAGCGAGCGAGCUUCGGCUUGCCGUCUGCUCUCACACGCUCGCGAGUUUGCUGGGAGCGCCUGCGCGUCGUCGGUGUGCUGCUGCUGCUGCUGCUGCUGCCUGUGCGCCCUGAACUCCGCGCGCCUCGGAAGCAUUCAUUCUCUGGAAUUAGACCUUGACUUCCAGACGCCAUGAACAACUACAGCGUUUCUUUGGUUGGUCCAGCCCCCUGGGGUUUCAGGCUUCAAGGUGGCAAAGACUUCAACAUGCCUCUGACCAUCUCUCGGUUGAGUGAUGGAGGCAAAGCGGCUAAUGCAAACGUGGGAAUAGGUGACGUUGUUCUCAGUAUCGAUGGGAUAAGUGCCGAUGGCAUGACUCACCUGGAAGCACAAAACAAGAUCAAGACCUGUUCAGGCAAACUGACUAUGAAUCUGCAAAGAGCACCUUCUGCUCCGAAACCUGAUCCCAUACCUGUGCAACAGGUAGAGCCUAAGGAACUAGUUAAGCCUGUGCCCAUUCCGUCCGCAGUCGUGCCCAAAGUUUCAUCCACAGCCAACAUAGCCUUCAAUAAGGCCCCAAGACCCUUUGGGUCUAUGUCAGCUUCCAAGAUCACGUCCAUUCCAUCGCCAUCAUCUGCCUUCACUCCAGCUCAUGCAAGUUUUUCAUCACAUGCUUCCCCUACACCACUGGCCAAUGUCACGCCUCCCACUGCAUUCACCGCCUCCGGACUGCAUGCUAACGCCAAGUCUAACGCUGACCAGCGUUCACCUGAGCUGAGCGCUGCUAAACCUGCAGUUAAUACCCCAUGGCAGCCCACACACAAUGCAUCCUUGAACACCUCUUUCAACGACAAUGCCCAGGAGGUGGCAGAGGGACAGCGAAGAGGAUUCAGAGAGAACCAGGGUGACAGUAAAGAGCAAAAUGGUCCACCUCGGAAGCAUGUUGUGUAUACAAAUACAGAGUUUUACCACCCACCCACUCACAGCAACAACAGCAAGAAACGAUUGAUUGAGGAUACUGAGGAUUGGCAUCCAAGGACAGGAACUACCCAAUCACGUUCUUUCCGCAUCCUUGCACAGAUCACUGGCACUGAACACAUGAAAGAACCAGAACCUGAUAAUUCAAAGAAAGCAAAGGCAAGUCAAACAGGAAAUGGAGAUUUGAGCAUAUCUACAGAACUAACUAAUGGAUUGGAAACCCAGCAUUCCCAUACAGUAGCUACCCAGACCUGCGAAAUACCUGAUGUGUCAGAACAACCACCGUUGCCAGCUCAAAGGGCAGAAGCAACUUCAAGUACUUCUGUGGUAACAGAUCCAGCUCUUAUCACUAUUUCUUCAACCAAUCUUCCUGGUCCUAAUCUUUCUAUUACAUCUCACAAGAGAGAACUUUUUUUCAACAAUCCAUUGGAGGCCUUGCCCAAGUGUGCACCAUAUCCACCUGCUACUGUUCAUAUUUUAAGUGAUAGCAGCCAAGUAGCCAUUGUGUCCAAAACGGCAUCAACCUACACUAGGUCAAGUAGGAUAAAAACUGGUUCUCCAGAGCUUGCCCCAGCUCCUGCAAGGUUGGGUGCAAAUGAAGCUGAUAAUAAAAGGAGCCUACCCCUGACUAGCACAGUGGCAACUCAGACAUUUGAGACCCUCAUGUCUCCAAUUGCUCCAGAGGGAUCUACUUUGACAGUCCAGACUGGGAAAUCUGCACUGGUGCCCCCUCUUCCUGGCAGCUUCUACCCUAUGAAAGAGCCACUGGAAAAUCUACUGGGAAGUAAUGUAACGUUUGCUCCCAUCCCCUCUACUUUACUUCCAAAGGUGGACUCGUCACAAGUUAAGAGUGCCGCUGCUGCUGUGUCUGCUGCAGUUGCUGUACGGAGACUCUCUGAUCACAGUACCUAUCGUACACUGUUGGAUGCCCUUCUCAUUACUCCUAUUAUCAAACCACCAACUCUGGAAAGUACAAGACCAUCAAGACAAUCAGCAAGUGCUUUCGAGAUGCAAAGAAAGUGGAGACCUGAUUCCCAGGAGCAAACACAAUUUACUGCUUACACUGCUGCCACAGUAAGGAGCAUGCCUGAAACUCCAGAGAACGGCACACGUGGACCAGUUCCUGCCAAUCCAGCAUCUGUGCCAGCUGUCAAGCCGACAGGACCUCAGUAUGCAGUCAAAACCUCAAGCUGGCAAUCUUCUAAUCAGCCAGCAGCUGGAAGUGGAUGGGCAUCAGACAAGAGUGGAAGACCCGGAGCAACUGUGCCAAGUGAAAAAAGUCCAGCAGCACCACCUCUGCCAACAGAUGAAGACACUUUGGUUCAGAUGGCAGAGCAUAUCCCGGCAGGAAAGCGAACUCCAAUGUGUGCUCAUUGCAAUCAAGUAAUUAGAGGGCCUUUCCUGGUGGCCUUGGGAAAAUCUUGGCACCCAGAAGAGUUUAAUUGUGCACACUGCAAAACCUCCAUGGCUUACAUUGGCUUUGUGGAAGAAAAGGGAGCUCUUUACUGUGAGGGCUGCUAUGAGAAGUUCCUUGCCCCUGAAUGUGCCCGAUGCCAGAGGAAGAUACUUGGGGAAGUAAUAAAUGCCUUGAAACAAACCUGGCAUGUUUCCUGCUUUGUGUGUGUGGCUUGUCACAAGCCCAUACGCAACAACGUUUUCCAUUUGGAGGAUGGUGAUCCCUACUGUGAGACAGAUUACUAUGGACUCUUUGGGACCAUGUGCCAUGGCUGUGAAUUCCCCAUUGAAGCUGGGGACAGGUUCCUGGAAGCCUUGGGCCACACUUGGCAUGAUACCUGCUUUGUGUGCUCAGUGUGUUGUGAGAGUUUGGAAGGCCACACUUUUUUCUCCAAGAAGGACAAGCCCCUUUGCAAGAAACAUGCCCACUCUGUGAACAUCUGAAGCUCUGGGGGCUGCUGAAUAAUAGAUAUUGACAGGGAAAUAAAGUUCCUGGGUUUUGGUUUUCAGUAGGCUUACUGAAGUAUUUAUCUAGACUUUUUAAUUGUAGAAGCGGAGAUUGGGGUGGGGAAGGAAUAAAGCUUAUGACUGUUUCAUGUAAUACAACAAGGAGCAUUUAGAGCCCUGCGGAUGUUGCUGGACUCAAAUUCUCAUCAUCCCUGACCAUUGGCCACAUUAGCUGAGAUUGAUGGAACUCAAGUAUGUAUGUUGUGUUAUUAUAUAGCGAUUUUAUGUUGUAACCGCCCUGAGAGUAUAGGGUGGCAUACAAAUUUAAUAAAUAAUAAAAUAACAAUAAGAGCAGGGGAGGGGGCGACAGGUUCCCCACCCCUGAUUUAAAAUGACUUAGAGUAGUACUGUCAGACAAAUGAAGAUGGACACUCUCUCUUAGUGAGAGCAAACCUUUGGGACUUUGUGGGGUGGGCUCUUUCGUUUUUCUUUUUAAGAAAGGGCGAUAUUUUUUCAAUCACACAUUUUGUAGCUCAGCUUGCAUUUGUAUUUAAGUGCCACUAGUGGUAAACUAAAGGUGGGUUUAUUGCUGCUUCCUUAGGUAGGAGAGAGAGGGAGGAGGUCCAGUUAAUCAGUUUAACUGGUAUGUAUCAUAUGCAUUUCAGAAAUAUAACCAACAACAUGAAACUGUUUGGCACAAAAGGGAGUAUUCAUUAUUGUAGGUAAUUAGGAAAUUUGAAACUAAGCAGUGUUAAGCCAAUUCUUUUAGCUCCCACAUUGUAUAAAUAUUUGCCUUUUUGCAUUCAUUUUCUCCCUUAAAAGAUGUGGGGGGAAGAGUUAACAUGUUAUUAACCAAUUAAUGAGACACUUGGCCAUGCAGAGUAUAACUUGUAUGAGUGCAGAGGAAGAACAUGCAACUUACCUGCUCUUAAAAUGUCAUAAAUAUUUCUAGAAAAUGACUGAUGAAUAUUGGGGUGGGGUAAGUCUGAUUUGGGUUACGUUAGAUCACAUCUUAUACUUUCUUGUAUAUAAUUUUACUUUAUUGUGUGCACAUAUUUAUUUAUUGUGUGCACUUCUUUGGUGUAACAGAAAAGGGAAGGGUGAGGUAUGAAACAAUGUCAGCUUUCUUAGAUGCAAUACUCUCACUGCACUAGAGCAUAGUAAAUCAAAUAAAAAUAAACAUAAUAUUUUUUGCUGUGGUGUUAGGACAUUGUGAAUUAUAUAGAUUUACCAUUUUAACACAGGUGCUUGCUUGCUUGCUUGCCAUAAUUUGUAAAUAGAUUCAUAAAUUAGUUGACGUUCUUUCUACGCAUGUCAAUCCCUCUGGUUUCUCCAGAGUUAGGAAGAUGAUUUUGUAAUGAAAUGCAAAGCAAAGUAUUUAUCACUUUGAAAGUGGAAAGAAGGGAAAUAAUUUUUACUGUGAUGCAAAAGUAGCACCAUCCAGAUGUUGUUACACUACAGUUGCCAUCAUUCUCACAUUUGGGAUAGCUGGCUGGAGCUGAUAGGUAUUUGAGUCCAACAACUUCAGGAAGAUUACAAAUUCCCCAUACUUGUUUACUAAAGCAUAUCCUACUAUAAGAGGAGCUGGGAAAUUCCAAUAAGGGCAAACAAUUAGUCUGCAACCUCUGAGUAACUUUUAGUCAUCCAAACAAGACUAAUAAGUGUGUGAAUAUGCACAUACAUUUUAUGUGUUCCGUUGAAAGAAUAAGUUGGCUUCUGUGGAAUCUACAUAGAAGAUUAAUGGGCCAUGCUACCAAACUGGGGUGUGUGGUUUUUUAAUUAAAGUAAAAGUAAAUCAAUCCUUUCCAGCUGAUCAUAGGAGCCAGUUUAGCUGUGCUUGCCUUGGUUUUCAGUCACUUCUGAAGAAUGACUACAAAACAAAGAACUGUUGCUUUGAAUUAUGAAAUGCUUUGUCACAUUGUGUGACUUCACAGACUGGACUGUGGGGCAUGAAAUAUUCCACUUCCAGCUUUAUUCACUCCAGUGAAGUGGUAUAUAAAGUUUAUGUAUUCUAGCUUUUAAACUUCAGAAGCAUAGAAUGAAUGUGGUUUUUAAGCUAUUUGGCCAACGUUGACUUGUAAGUGGCCACAUGCCAGUUUAUACUUGGACACCUGGCUUCCACUCCCCUAGUCAAAAAUGGUGACUCAUGAUUCUCUCAGCUACAUGUUAGGCUAUGUUGUUGUGCCAUGGCAAAUCCUGCUCAGUGUCCCAUGCCCUGGAAGCACGCAUGUUGCAGAUUCUCACAUAGGAUGAGGAAAUUGAACCCCUUGUUUUGGUUCAUGUGCACAUUAUUGAUUGUUCUGUCCUUGCUACAUGGCAGGACAGUUUAGCUGGCUGGACCAAGUGGCUGCAUACCCCACCUGGUUAAUAGUUGUUUGUGUUAAACUGGUUUCUGUUAUAAACAAAUAGAAACAAAGGGUUAUAGCCAACAUUAGUUGUACUGAGCUCAGGCCCACUGAAAUAAAAAGACAUGACUAACUUAGGUUCUUGCAUUGCGGGGUCCCUUCCAACUUAUUCCAGUAGGUCUGUUCUAGAACUUAAGUUGGAUACAGUCCUUAAAGCAUGGCUCAUUAUUAACCUGGGAUCUAGUAAGCUCUGCCAAGCACUUACGACCACCCAAAAAUAUAAAUAUACUCAAGAGACAAGUAAAGUCCAUGGGAAUUAAAGUUAUAUUUCCUACCAUACUUUUAAUAGCAGUGACCAAGGUUUUUGCAGUGCACUUUAAUUCAGUAUCUCUCACAAGCUACUUUUUUGGUGAUGAAAUUCUUCUAUAAAUACAUAUAUGAUUCUUUUAAGCUUUACUUCUAAACUCUUUUAGAUGUGUCGUUUUCUUCAUUCUCUACACAUAUAUGAUGUGGCAAAGUUCACGACCUGGCAAUUGGCUGGGAAACUUACAAGUUGAAAAAUAAUAUUCAAAACGGCUUAGUGGACAAUGCCAAGAAUUUAUCAAGCAGUUCCACCAAGUGGUAGUCUCCAAAUGUACCAGUAGCUAACAACAACAACAACAACGUAAAAUAACAGAGAAAAGGACAUUUGUAUGCAAGUUUAGGAGCACUUCACUUAGAAAAUAGCUUGUUUCAGAAGGCAGAGCUGAAACCCAAACUGUUUAUGAGCAUCAGGCAUUAAGUUAAGUAAAAUCUUAGCUGCGCUAAGAUGUUUUUGCAUAUUGUAAUAAGCCAGUACACAGUUAUCUGCAAACAGAAUAUUUAAAGUUCCAGUAGUAAGAGAGCUAAAGCAAAAUCUGGGACUACUUGCACUUUGGUCUUCUGCAGUAUUUCUCAGAAGUGGGGGAGCAAUGACAUUCAGAAGCAAGACAGAUAGAAACAGCUCUUGGAUUUCCUAGAUCAUUGUGUUCAGCUUUGUUCUGCUCCAGUCAAUGGAUUCUGGUGAUAUGCAUGUUAUGCUUUGCUUUGUUGCUUCUCUCUGUUUUUCUCCCUUUAAACAUGUUGUCUAAAUCCAGUUGUCUUUGGAUCCAGUUGUUACAAAAAGCAAAGUCAGCAACAUGAUGAAUAAAGGCAUGGAAUUACA